AAUAUGGAAGCAUUUAAAGUGUCUCUGUUUGAAAUGAUCAAAAUAUUCUGAAGAUAUAAACUGUCUAAGAAUGAUAAAUGAAGAUAUGUGAACGUGGAGGCGCCUGGAAGACGAGUAAGAGGGCAAACUUUCCUCAUGUCAGUCUACGGUGGCCGUUACAAGCCAAUUUGUUGCGAAUAUGUAAAUCAGUUCAUCUGCGUGUGUUGAAAACGAAUGGCGGCGGAUUGUUUGAAACACACUGAACGAUGAAGUUUUAAUUAGCGGUUAAAUGUUAUAAAAGAUCCCGCCCGUGUUAAUGUUGCGCACAUUAGCGCUUAGCUGCAGCCGUUAGCUCGAUUAGCUACUUAGCGGCUACCCGGAUGAAUGAUUAAAAACUGUCAGCUUCAUUUGAAAUGGAGAAAAAGUUAAAUUAAGUUGACUUGUCUGUUCGGGGUCGGUUGUUUAUUUGUGAAGCUGUUGGUAUAAGUGAUCGUGCUGUUAAAUCAGGUUUUGCCAAGGUUUACGCGUAGAAAGUGUUUGUUUUUAGCGACUGAGCUAAGCUAGCAGAGAGCUAGCAGGCUAACGAUGCUGUCUGCGGUGGAAAUGGAAGAAGAAGCUUUAGAUGCUGAAGAUGUUGAACGGGCCCGGGCGUUCUGGUCUGAGGAGGAUGUGGAUCAGGUUUUCAGUCGGGUUCUGGUGUAUCUGGAUCACCUGAAGAGAGUCCUGAAGAAGAACACGGCGACAGAUAAAGAGCUGGUCCAGUCUCUGAAGCUGCUGGACUCUCUGGACCUGUCUCUGGUCUCCAGUCAGGACUCGUCUGUGGUCCAGGUGGUCAUCGGCUCAGGUGAGCUGCUGCCGGCUGCUUUCCCCCACCACAGUCCCCCCUCCUCCCCCAUCCGACUCCUCGGCGCCUCCCGCAGGCAGGAGGAGCUGCUGCCUCCUCUGGCCACCGUCCAGCUGCACUACCAGCUUCACUCCUGCUGCAAGGCCUGCAUGUCCAGUUUACCCAGCAUGCCUCAGUCCUCGCCUCCGUUCUGGGGUCAGAAUCCCCUGAAGGUGCCGCUGCUCUGCGGCUUCAAGAGGCUGAGCGCCGUGCCGCUGACUUCACCAGGAGGGGGCGGGGCUUGGGACUGCGAGCGGCCGGAGCCCGAGGAGGUGGAGGAGGACGGAGGCGUGGAGGACUGGGACGUCGUUUACAAGGCUCCGUGCGGACAGAGCCUCCGUAACCAUGACGACGUGAUGCGUUUCCUAUUGGCUACAGAGAGCUACGACGUCCUGCAGGUGGACUUCUUCACCUUUAACCCCUCUGUCCGGUUGGACCCCCCCGUGGUGCCGGGCCCGCGGCGUCCGGAGCAGGACCUGAGCCGCGGCCUGGAGCCCACGCCGGUGGAGCUGUGCGUCGGAGACAGUGGCGCCCGGCCUCCGGAGUUCCGCUACAGGAGGGAGCGCUGGCCGCACGGCUGCUUCCUGAGCCGCGGCGCCGCGCUGUUCAACGCCUGCUGCGACUGCACCGACGGCUGCACCGACGCUCAGAGCUGCGCCUGCGUCGCCAUGACCGGAGGAGGCCGCCGCUACACCCACCACAGGCUGAUGGAGCCGAUGCCUUCUGGGUUGUGCGAGUGCGGGCCCUGGUGCAGCUGUGAUCGAGCUCGUUGUCAGAACCGUCUGGUCCAGAGAGGGAUCAGAGUCCGGCUCCAGGUCUUCCAGACUGAAGACCGCGGCUGGGGCGUGCGUUGCCGUGACGACCUGGACCGCGGCACGUUCGUGUGCAUCUAUGCAGGUGUGAUCCUGCGGCGGGUCCAGACUCCGGCCGAGCUGCCGCCCCCGAAGCUGACGAGGGCCGACCUCCCGUCGGACGACGAGGUGGAGGUCGUCACCGAGUGGCUGGCCCCGCCCGUCCUGGAGGGGCGGAGCAACCUGCUGGAGACCCCGCCGCCCGUGUCCCCGCCCACCUCACCGCCCCUGCACGUCCCGGUGAUCCAGAGACCCGACACCAACACCACCACCACGCCUCCGGACAGAGACAAGGUGCCUGCUGGUCUCAGUUUCUCUCUGUUGGAUUUUCAUGUCAAAUCAAUAACCACGUUUUUCUUCCUCAGGGUCCGACGGUGCUGGUGGGAGGUCCAGAGCCUGUCGUCUCCUUCAGCAGGUGACCAGCCUCAACCUCAGCAGAGGGUUGUCACGACGACAGCCGGUCCGGUCCACGGUCUGAACGGUUCCAAGGCGGAGACGAACAAGCCGAGGAGUCUGAAGAGAGCGGCGAAGGCAGACGACGUUUAUGUUCUCGACGCCAGCAAGGAGGGAAACGUCAGCCGCUUCAUUAACCACAGCUGCCGGCCGAACCUCUUCAUCCAGAACGUCUUCACCGACUCCCACGACCCCGCCUUCCCCGUCGUCGCCUUCUUCACCAGCAGGGUGGUGAAGGCCGGCACCGAGUUAACCUGGAAUUACUCUGCCGACGCUCGAGCCGCCUCGCAGCAGAAACAGGAAGUGCCCUGUCUCUGCGGCAGCGACGGUUGUCAGGGGCGGUUCACCAUCGAGGGAAACCUGUGCGACGUCUGCGAGGUCAAAGGUCAGGGAGCCACGGAGGCCCAGUGACCUCACAAACCAGGUUCAGACACUUCAGCUGUCAAAACACAAACAUGAACAUUUUCUACUCUUUGUUGUAAUUUUUAAAAAUAAAAGAACUGAGAAAUAUAA